UCUUUAUUGUUAGUGAGAAAGUUUGUGUUGUGAUCCGCCAGAGCCUCUGUGUGUCCGGAUAAACCUGUCUGAAUGGACUUUGUGCUGUUCACCUUUUCUAUCUGGAUGUUUUACCUCUGACUCAUCUCUUGGUAGACUACAAACACAUUCAAGUUAGCUUAGCAUGCUAGCUGGUUAGCACCACGGCGCUAGUCAGAGUGACUGUUUGAUGGAGAGCAAACUGUGUUUCUGACGGAGUUUGUGUGGAGAAAAAGUUGGUGUCACUGUGUGAAAAAUGUCUAAAGUCCAAACGGUGAGAGCGCUGGUGGAGCAGCGACUGACUGCGGCUGCUGAAGAGAUAUUUGGGCUGUUUGAAAGAACGAUAGCAGAGUACGAGGAGCAACUUUGUCGUUCAAAAGAGAAGAACGAGCGACAACAGAUACUACUGGACGCUGUUUUCAACCCUCAAAUUCAGCUACACAGAGCAGAUGUUCAGCAACUGUCGGUGAGUGAAGAAGAGUUUCCCUCUGAGCAGCAGGAGAGGAGCUGCAGUCUGGACCAGGACCAAGACCAGGACCAGGAUCAGGAGGAGCCAGAGCCCCCACACAUUAAAGAGGAACGGGAAGAACCUUGGACCAGUCAGCAGGGGGAGCAGCUUCAGGGGCUGGAGGAGGCUGAUAUCACCAAGUUCACAUUCACUCCUGUCCCUGUGAAGAGUGAAGAAGAUGAAGAGAAACCUCAGUCCUCACAGCUUCAUCAAACACAGACUGAACAGAUGGAAACAGAAGCUGAUGGAGAGGACUGUGGAGGACCAGAACCAGACAGGAACUCUGAUCCAGAUCCACAUUUACAACCUGAUACUGGUGACGAGCCUGCAGACUCUUCUGAACCUGAGACUGAUGACAGUGCUGAUUGGAAGGAGACCAGAGAACCUCAGUCAGGUUUGAACUGUUUGAAAAAAGAUGGCAGUCCUGUCAGAAAUUCCAGAUUAAGUGCUGGUGAGAAACAACUUAGCUGCUCUGAGUGUGGAAAAAGAUUUUGCUCCAAGCGCAACUUGAAGAGACACAUGAGACUCCACACAGGAGAGAAAUCUUUCAGCUGCUCAGUUUGUAAGAUAACUUUUACACGGAGUGGACACUUAAAGUCACACAUGAGACUCCACACAGGAGAGAAACCUUUCAGCUGCUCAGUUUGUAAGAAAACUUUUACACGGAGUGGUCAUUUAAAGUCACACAUGAGACUCCACACAGGAGAGAGACCUUUCAGUUGCUCAGUUUGUAAAAAAACUUUUACACGGAGUGGACAUUUAAAGGAACACAUGAGACUCCACACAGGAGAGAAACCUUUCAGCUGCUCAGUUUGUAAGAAAACUUUUAAAGAGAAUGGAACUUUAAAGUCACACAUGAGUCUCCACACAGGAGAGAGACCUUUCAGCUGCUCAGUUUGUAAGAAAACUUUUACACGGAGUGGAACUUUAAAGUCACACAUGAGACUCCACACAGGAGAGAGACCUUUCAGCUGCUCAGUUUGUAAAAAAACUUUUACACGGAGUGGACAUUUCAAGUUACACAUGAGACUCCACACAGGAGAGAAACCUUUCAGCUGCCCAGUUUGUCAUAAAUCUUUUACACAAAGUGGGCAUUUAAAGAAACACAUGAGAAUCCACACAGGAGAGAAACCUUUCAGCUGCUCAAUUUGCAAGAAAACUUUUACACAGGGUGGAACUUUAAAGUCACACAUGAGAGUCCACACAUGAGAGAAACCUUUCUUAAAUGUGCUGGCCGCUCUUCCUAAAAGAUUCAUCAAACUGAGAACAAAGAAGCAAAGCCUCCAGCCAGCAGCCCACAAGAAGAGAUGCAAACCUCUUUUUCAAUCUCUUUGAAGGACUCAAGCCUUUUUUUAAAUGCUACAAAGCUUGUAGUAACUUUCAUGAAUAUUUAUUGUGUUUGUUUGAAAUUUACUUACAAUCGCAAUAUAAUUAAACAAUACUUUAUUUUCCAUGAUGUGAUAUGAUAUUAAUUUACUUUUUGUUUAUUUAUUUUUUUACAAAACAACAGCUCACAAACUGAUAUUUUAAUUCAAUAUUUAAUUGUAGAAGUCUAACAAUUACAACUUUUUUUCUUUUCUUUUUUCCAGCAAAACAAAAUAAAAAAAAUUACGUUUAC